UACUCCUACUUUCACCCCCAUUGUGAUUCUCGGGCUUACGCUGUACUGGAGUUGGUGCGGAGUGAGCAGGAUCUAUCGACAAAUGCACAACUAUCAGCGCUUUUAUGGAUUGUAUUCUCCUACCUUCGUGGAUUUCCAAAAUAUGAAUUGAUGUCGUCGUUUAAAGUCGAGGAAUUUCGUCUUGAAAUUAAGGCCAGGUAUAGCUACGAAGUUGUGAAAUAGUUCCCUUGGAAGUUUUUCUCACGGCUGCAAAGCGAAUUUCCAGUUUACUAUUCAACAACUACACCAGCCAUCAUAUGGCGAGGCGAGUAGGGGGAGAAGGAUCCGUGAUUUUAACACGAAUUCCAUACACAAAUUGGAAUAAGAACGCGAGACUCCCCUGGUGUAACUUCAUGGCUAUUUUUUGGAGCUUUGUGGCAGUAUUGUCGCUUCUAUGUUGUGGAUUUUGUGGCGCUGAAACGGAGUUUUCGAUCUUGGAGGAGGCACAAGUUUUAGCCGUACAAAUGAAAAAACUGUCCUCGCAGGAGCUUGGAGUCUUCACCAUGCAGAGAAUCUUCAACUCGUUUGUGUACACAGAGAAGACCUCAAACGGAGAGACGGAGGUACAGCAGCUUGCAAAGAAGAUCCGUGAGAAGUUUAACCGUUACCUGGACGUGGUGAACAGGAACAAGCAGGUGGUGGAGGCGUCCUACACAGCCCACCUGACGUCCCCCCUCACCGCCAUCCAGGACUGCUGCACCAUCCCCCCCUCCAUGAUGGAGUUCGACGGUAACUUCAACACCAACGUGUCCAAGACCAUCUGCUGUGACCGGCUGUCCCCCACUGUCAACAGUCGAGCCUUUAACCCUGGACGGGACCUCAACUCAGUGUUGGCAGAUAACCUGAAGUCCAACCCGGGCAUCAAGUGGCAGUACUUCAGCUCAGAGGAGGGCAUCUUCACCGUGUUCCCCGCCCACAAGUUCCACUGCAAGGGCAACUACGAGCACCGCAGCAGGCCAGUGUACGUGUCGGCGGUGCGGCCCCAAUCGAAACACAUUGUGGUGAUCAUCGAUCACGGCGUGACCAUUACAGACACGCAGCUGCAGAUCGCCAGAGACGCUGCGCUCGUCGUCCUCAGCUCCGUAGACGAACAUGACAAGGUCUCGAUCCUGUCCUCAGCGGAGGUGGUGCGGUCCUGUUCUCUGGACCCGUGCUAUAAGAGCUACCUGUCUCCUGCCACCAGCGAGACCAAGAGGAAGAUGAGCACCUUCGUCAACAACCUCAAGGCUUCCGACAACCCUACCCUGCAUGCACUGGGCUUCCAAAAGGCCUUCCAGCUGCUCCGGAACACCAGCAACAUCACCCGCCAACUCACCAAUACGGACAUGGUGAUCAUCUACCUGUCGUCUGGCAUCACGUCCCGAGACGCGUCGGAGCACGAGAAGAGGGACACCCUGCGCGUGGUCAAAGAGGAGAACCGCCACCUCAACAACUCAGUCAUGAUCCUCACCUACGCCCUCAUGAACGAGGGUGUGACCGGUCUGAAGGAGCUAGCGUUCCUGCGCGACCUUGCGGAGCAGAACUCGCUGAAGUACGGCGUGCCCGACCGCUCGGCGCUGCCGGUGGUGAAGGGGAGCAUGAUGGUCCUGAACCAGCUCAGUAACCUGGAGACCACCGUGGGACGCUUCUACAUCAACCUGCCCAACCGCAUGAUCGACCUGGCCCGCUUCAGCCUGUCCUACCAGGACGCCAUGGGAGACGGUUUCAUCAUGACGGCGAGCCGGCCAUGUUACUUUGGCAACCUGUUGCUAGGCGUGGUGGGAGUAGACGUGAACCUGGCCUACAUUCUCGAGGACGUCACCUACCACCAGGAUUCCUUGGCCUCCUACACCUUCCUCAUAGACAACAAAGGUUACACCCUGAUGCACCCGUCCCUCACACGGCCCUACCUGAUGACCGAGCCUCCGCUGCACACUGACAUCAUCCACUAUGAAAACAUCCCAGGGUUCCCCGUAGUGCGGGACAACAUACUCCGUCUGCCGCUGGGCAGUCAGGUGAUAGCUGUGCCAACCAACUCCUCUCUGUCCUGGCACACCAACCGGCUACGAGACCCCAGCAGGGAGGCCUACAACGUCAGCUACGCAUGGAAACUGGUCCAGGACACAUCGUUUAUCCUGUGCAUAGUGUACGUCCAGCCAGAGAUCCCAGUGAAACACCUGAAGAACCUGAACACUGCUCCCAGCUCCAAGCUGCUCUAUCACCGCCUGGACCUGCUGGGACAGCCCUCCUCCUGUCUGCACUUCAAACAGCUGGCCACCGUCGAGAGCCCUACGGUGAUGCUGUCUGCAGGGAGUUUCUCCUCUCCCUACGAGCACCUCAGUCAGCCAGAGACCAAACGCAUGGUGGAACACUACACAGCCUACCUCAGUGACAACACACGCCUCAUAGCCAACCCUGGCCUUAAGUCGUCGGUCAGGAACGAGGUGAUGGCGACCAGUCACGUCACAGAUGAAUGGAUGACACUCAUGGAGAUGAGUAGCCUCAACUGCUACAUUGUGCGCCGUUACAUAGCAACGCCCAAUGGGGUGCUGCGGAUUUACCCCGGCUCGCUAAUGGACAAAGCCUUCGACCCAACCCGGAGACAAUGGUACCAGCACGCUGUAGCCAACCCAGGCCUCAUCACCUUCACUGGGCCUUACCUGGAUGUGGGCGGGGCUGGCUACGUGGUCACCAUCAGCCACACCAUCCACGCCUCAAGUUCUCAGAUGGCCUCAGGGUAUGCGGUAGCCGUGAUGGGCAUAGACUUCACCCUGCGUUACUUGUACAAGGUUCUGCUGGACCUGCUACCCAUCUGCAACCAGGACAAGGGCAACAAGAUCCGGUGUUUCAUCAUGGAGGACAGGGGUUACCUGGUGGCCCACCCCACCCUCAUCGACCCGAAAGGCCACGCCCCCGCCGAACAGCAGCACAUCACCCACAAGGAACCGCUGGUGGCCAACGACAUCUUGAACCACCCCAACUUUGUCAAGAAGAACCUCUGCAACAGCUUCAGUGAUCGUACAGUCCAGCGCUUCUACAAGUUCAACAGCAGUAUCAUUGGUGACCUGACCAACCUCGUCCACGGGAGCCACUGCUCCAAGUACCGGCUGACCCGUAUCCCAGGGACCAACGCUUUCGCCGGCAUCGUCAACGAGACGUGCGAUUCGCUGGCUUUCUGUGCCUGCAGCACCGUGGACCGCCUCUGUCUCAACUGUCACAGGAUGGAGCAGAAUGAGUGUGAGUGUCCAUGUGAGUGCCCCCUGGAGGUCAAUGAAUGUACUGGCAACCUUAGCUACGCUGAAAACAGGAAUCCCAGCUGCGAGGUGCACCAGGAGCCCCUGUCUCUGACGGUGAUGGACUCCAGUCUGCAGGACACCCUGCCCCAGUGCAUCAACACCCGCUGCAGCCAGCGCUUCACCAGCAGUGACUGUUUUGGCGUGCUGGACUGUGAGUGGUGCAUGGUGGACAGUGAUGGGAAGACCCACCUGGAGAAGCCUUACUGUGCCUUGCAGAAAGAGUGCUUCGGGGGCAUCGUGGGGGCCAAGAGCCCUUACAUGGACGGCAUGGGAAUGCUGGAUGAAGAGGUGGUGUCUCUGAACAUGAUGAAGAGUGCCCCGGUUGGGCCGGUUGCCGGGGGUAUUAUGGGCUGUAUCAUGGUGCUGGUGUUGGCUGUCUACGCCUACAGACACCAGAUCCACCGACGCUCACAUCAACACAUGUCCCCUCUGGCUGCACAGGAGAUGUCCGUCAGGAUGUCUAACCUGGAUAAUGAGAGAGACGAGCGAGACGAGGACAGCCACGAAGACAGGGGGAUCAUCAGUAACACCCGGUUCAUCGCGGCGGUCAUCGAGAGACACACCCACAGCCCUGAACGCAGGAGGAGGUACUGGGGACGGUCAGGGACGGAGAGUGACCACGGCUACAGCACCAUGAGUCCUCAGGAGGACAGCGAGAACCCUCCCUGCAACAACGACCCCCUGUCGGCCGGCGUGGACGUGGGUAACCACGACGAGGACCUGGACCUGGACACGCCCCCUCAGACGGCGGCGCUUCUCAGCCACAAGUUCCACCCGUACCGCCACCCCCCUUACCAUCACCCGCUCCACACGCACCGCCUGCAGGCGGCCGUCACCGUGCACAGUGUGGACGCAGAGUGCUGAUCCUAAACCUCCAUUCCCCUCCCUUCCCCCCAGGCCUUGGCUCUCCUCCACCCCCACCGGACCUCUUCCUCGACCUGGCUACAUUGGUGGGGCCCCUGACAUGCAACGCUACCACUACCGUCACCUCCAGACUCCACCACCAUGUAGGCUCCCACUGGGCCCAGCCAGGGUGAGGGGAGGUGGGCUGAGAGAGAAUAUGAGCAGACCCCCCCCUCUCCCGCUGGAAGUUUCCUUGGAAGAUCAUACACUGUAGGAGGAACACUAGCCUCUGUAGCCCAGCAGAGCUCCACUCAGAACGUGGGGGGGGGGGGGGAUGAGGGGAUGAGACGCAGCUGCUGGCCUUAUUCUAAAAGGGUCUGAACUUGUUUAAAAGUGUCAACAAAGGAUCUCCCAUGUUUAAGAAGACAACAAUAAAAAAAAGGAAGAAUUAAAGGAUUAUUUUUCUACUAUUUAUUGAACCGGAUUUGAGGUGGAUCAGAGUAGAGACUGACCGUGUGGCUGGAGCUGAACUGAAAGGACUCUGGUCGCUAAGGUAACCAGAGUGGCUGAUCAUGGAUCACAGUGAGCCUCUGCUGCACACUUCCCUCGCUUUCUGUCGAGGAUGCAUCGAGGAAGUGGUUAUUCACGCUGUCGUUUUGAUUAUUUUCAGUUGUGAAGAUAAGCUCUUUGUGAUGACUGGACGUACUGAAUAGAAGACAUUGAGAAACCCACCCACUUGUCUGAACUAGAUGUGUCGUACUCCGAUCACCUGGCCUACCAUCAGUCACUGGGGCUGCUGUAUGACUGAAUAUUGGCAUGCAAGGACCCUGGCAGAAUGACUCGGACACAGGAAGUACAGUGCCCAUGCUUUGGUGCCCUGUUAUCUGCCUGAAAAGAAAGGUAUAAUGAGGCUUGGUGGAAUUGGUUGGUCUGUCUUCGGACCUCACACUGGCAUCUGGACCUGGUGGACCAAGCUAUGGCUCUCUCUGUCUCUAUGCCUGAGUGGGACCUAUUAGUGUUGAACAGAGGAGUGUGUGUGUGUGUGUGAGUGAGUGAGAGCUGUUAUGGCUGCAUCCAUUAUUCUGUUCCUUUUGUGGUCAAUUAAUAAAAACAGUCUUCUGUACACACUGCUUGUGCUACAGUCAUGGUGUGUGUGUGUGUGUGUGUGUGUACAAACUGCUUGUGCUACAGUCAUGGUGUGUGUGUGUGUGUGUGUGUACACUCUGCUUGUGCGUGUGUUUGGUCUGAUUGUAGGAAGGUGGUCAGAGCAUCUCCAUUGAAGGCAUCAUUAUAUGUUUUAAUUGUUUCCCCCUAUGACUGUGUGCUUUUUUCAGUCAUGCGAUCCAUGGUUUAACUGUUCCAAAUCAAGUCAUCAUGAUAUUCAUUUAGUUUGGGUAAAGAAUGUCUGGUUUUUUUUUUCUUCUCCUGAACGAAUAGUAUAAAGUGUACAUAUGUUAAAAUAAAUAUCACAAAUAGCUAUUAAUGUGUUACACUCCAUAUGUCUAUGUUGAAAAUUAAAUAUUGUGUGCUCAAAAUGAUGCUCAGAUAUUUGAGUAUAUUUUGCAAUUUUCCAGCACAUGGUAUCGAUCUGACUUUACGCUGCGAUUUCGAUGUUAUUAGGUCUACCUUUCUUUAGGUCCAUAUUGGAUGGAAAACAGACUGACAUUGUGGUAUUUUACACACUUCAGUUGGAGAGCAAUCGUCUUUAAAAGCCUCGUAUUUUUAUUACACUUAGGGUCCAAAUGUCACGGAAAACAAUAUCAAUCGACAGGAAGAGAUUUCAUUUGAGACUGCAUUGGAACUUUCUCCCUGUUCGUUGAGUUGAAUUAGUUCUAGACAGGUUAUGGGUCAAUUUAAUUUCGAUUAGAAAGGUUUUACCCGGUUACUUCCUGCAAUAGAAUUGAGCCCAAUGUCGCCUAACCCUAAAGCUGACAUUAUGGGAUGUUGUGGUACUCUCCUCUCAAUGUAGUUAAAAGCAGUCAUUUGAUUUAGUUACAAUUAGCAUCUACUGUCCUCUUCUUAACUACCACCACUGAAAUCUUAGCACUGAACGUUACUCCUAACACGACACCGCUCUGGUGAAUGUACUGAUUCUGGAAUGUCAGUGCAUAUUUCCUACUCAGGAUGGUACCAAAGCAUAAGUGGGUUUGGUUCUGGAAAAACAUUUACUGAGUAGUGUUGCGAAUAACUCUGUUUUUACAUUCGUUUUUUUCUUUUUAGUUCCGUUGUAGUAAUAACAUUUUUAACAGGAGAGAGCAUUAACAGUAUUUACCAGCUGUUGUAAGCAAGUAUAAUUUUGUUUAUACCGAACGCUAUGAAUUGUAUUAAUGUACUGAAGGAAUUUCAAUGUGUGUAUCAUUCCUUUUUUUUCCAGUGUAACAUAUACAGUUAUAAUAUGGAGAUUUAUUGCAAUGUGAAUGUGAUAAAAAAAAGUCAAUUUUA